AUGCUAUCGCGUGGCCGCCCGUGUCUGAGAAGGCGCCUGUCGGCCGCCUUCGACCCUGCCGCGACUCGCCUCGAUGGCCCCCUGCCGUUCCUCUAUCCUCGCUGGGCGACGCCUGCUUUACGGCAACGACGACCGAUCUCCUUCAAGGCAAUUGAAACCACAAUAUGUCGGUCUUCCUCAGCGCCGUCUCGUCCACUGAUUCCCUCUUGUCCUUCCUUCGCCCGACACUCGUGCAGAUGGAUCUCUGACGCCUCUGACCGGGGUACAGCGCCAAUUCCAACAUCUUCAUCUGCAAAUACUGUAUUAUCCGACCAAAAUGAAAAAAGAGAUGCGGCUGAUUCCAUUGAGGGGUUGGAAAGGGAUGGCGAUAUAUUCGACACCGAAGUCGGGCGUGCUCCAAGACCAACAGAACUAACAGAAUCUGCCAAAAAGAAGGCGAGGGCUAAGAGAGUACAGAUGGGUUUAAAGGGCAAUCGCCCCUCGGGCGAAAACAAGCCCGGCCAAAAGCCACAACGCGUUUUGAUGAAUUCAGAACGUGACGAAACUAAGAUGCGGGCUCGGCAAUAUAUGCAGAAACAAUAUGCGAACAAGGGAAAAAAAUACGUCGCCAAAGCUUGGAAAGAUACGCAAGAUGUGUUGUAUGAUAUCGAACGCAAAGUCAAGCGGAAAAAUCAGUCUCCGCCGAACCAGAAGGAGAUAUUUGUUUCUGAGGAAGUCCUUCAGCGUUUUGCAGGCGUGAACGAGUACACCUUACGGGAAAAUAUCUGGUAUAUGCUGGUCAACAAUGGAUGUCGGGUGCAAGUCCUGCCUGUCAGCGAAAACCAAGGCGUCCUGCGCAGAGUUGUUCUGUCUGGCACAGAGCGUGCCCAGGAGUUGGUUCAACAGCGGUUUGCUCGCACCAAGAGCGUGCAAGAGAGUGGUGAUCCACUCGAUAAAAAACGCAAACUCCAAUUCCCUAUCUGCACUACCCCGACAGCUUUUCACAAGUCGGGUUCGAAGCCGCCAUUGUUUCGAGGCAUCUGGGCCACUGACCCCACUGAUGAACCUCGGACAUUUGACGAAAUCAUGGAGGCUCAUACCGAAAUCAGAACGGUGAAAGAUCUCACCGAGCACAUUGAGGACGUCACAACCGCAAAGCUCCCACCACACUCUCAGAAGAAGCACCCCGAAUCGCGAAUAAAACAGUCAUACCGGAUCGCAAAGCAUAUUAUGAUCACAUUCGAGAAGAACCAAAAGCACCUAUCCGCUGCUGCUUUGCACCUCGCACUGAAGUUCUUAUUAGCUCAUAUGCAUCUUGUAGAUGCGCAAACCUUGGCUUCACGGUCAGUGUCGGUUGCCACGCGGGACACAUAUCACAUCAUGAUGAAGCAUGCCGCGGACACUCAAGAUAUCAUUGAUUUCCGUAACCUUGUGCGAGCAAUGGGUCGCGCCAAUAUCAGCCCAAACGCAGAGACGAGGCUCAUCCUGCUUGGCGCCCUGACCGAACCCACCGAGAAGGCUCAACUGAUUGCACACAUGGUACAACAGGGAGACAUGUCUGACUUAAGUGUCACCCGUUCAGCACUCCAACAGACCAUCCAGAAUUCGCUUCUGGUGCAUAUGAAUAGUGGGAAGCCUCUCGACUCCUACCUUGACCUCCUGCUCAAUACCCACGGAGCCAAUUGGUUUUCCCCUCCUUUGAUGGGCCAGAUGUUCGAGGUUCUCAGCCGGUUGAAGAAACAUGAUGCUAUAGCACAACUGUGUGAAUUCUGCAUCGACAGAAGAAUACAGCUUGAUGAUGUUUCGCUCAUCGGCAUUAUCUUGGCCCAUCGGUCCAAUGUCUUCACCGCUAUUCAUCUCAUUCUUCCAUUCCUUGAACAGCAGGCAUCCCUUGAUCAGGAUGCCACUCCAUCAGCAAAUCUCUUGGGGAAUCUGUUCUUGACCUCAUUCCAGGGCCGCCAUUACAAUAUUUGCCGGGUCUUGUGGCAGUACGCGUGUCUCUCCGAUAGGACGACCUACAAAAUGAAACAGUGUGUCUUGGUUGGGCUGAGCACCAAUGUUUCUGACAAGAAAUUUGAACCCCGCCGAAUCUGGGACACCGACAGUGGCAAAGUCAUCAUUGGUUAUGACUUCCACCAUGGAGCUUCCACUCUGGAUUCUUCCAUCAUGAAUGACAUCCCCGAAGCUCGCCGUGACAACCUUCUACUCUUCAUCACUGAGAACAUACCCGCAGGCAUUGAACGGCAUAGUCAAGUCCGUCUCGCCAACGCCCUUGUUCAACGCGAUAUGAAGCUUCAUAAACGCUACAAACCCGAACACCCUCUUCGAAUCAUGUUGGAUGCAGCAGCGCACAUGGACUCUGAAUGGCAUGAUGUCCCGCACCCCUUGGAGUGGAAGAUGAACAACGCCAUCAACAUCCCUCUUGCCGAGAAGGAGGAACAACCCCCUCGAUUACUUGUGCAAGAAUAUCCCGACGCCCAAGAAGUAUUCCAACGACUCAUGGAGGAUCGUUCUCGAUUACCUGAUGUGCUAGAAGAGCUCUCCCGCGAGGAAUUAUCCCAACUAUUUAAGGAUCCUGUUCCAUUGCCUGAUGUUCCAGAAGAGCUCGACGACGAACUACCCCAACGACCCAAGAAGGGUCGUUCUCAAUCACCUGAUGUGCGAAAAGAGCCCUCAGUCAAAGAAAUAUUCGGGCGAUAG